AUGACAACCCCCUCGGAAUCUAGGACAUGGGUCUUCUCACAACGAGGACUCCCCUGGGACGUUCUCUCUCUCACAUCUUUGCCUAUACCGACUCUCCCACCACCACUUCCACUUCCUAGCGACGUUCCCAAGCCCGAGGAAUGGAUUGUCGUCAAGGUCGCCUUCGUCGGCUUGAAUCCAGGCGCCAUAUUCCAGAUGACUCUCGUCCCGCCCCUGAUCCGCCAGAAGACAUGCGUUCCCGAUAUGGACUUUUCUGGCACCGUCGUCGACGCUUGGCAUCCGGACUCGGCCAGCUCCACAUCCUCCGGCGUCGCCGGACAGAGCCCGGAACAUGGCGCCCGGUUCCGGAAGUGCGACAAGGUCGUUGUGAUGCUCCCAGCGAGCCACACCCUGCCUACGGGUACUGGCGCGUUGGCCGAGUAUGUCCGGGUGCCUGCGCGCUACGCUGUGCGCAAGCCUGAGAACACCAGCUUCGGAGACGCGGCGGGAUGCAUGCUGCCGGCGCUCACGGCGCGCCAGAUGGUGCAGGAGUCGGGAGCCAAGGCUGGAGAUCGGGUACUGGUGAAUGCAGCGAGCGGUGGUAUCGGGACAAUGGUAACUCAAAUGGUGCGAACCAUUGUCGGAAGUGGGGGCUACGUAGUUGGUAUAUGCAGCGAGAAGAACGUGGGCAUGGUCAAGAGCCUGGGAGCUGAUGAGGUCAUUGAUUAUACGCAGCACGCCGAUAGCCUGCCUCAGUACCUGGCCACUUGCUUCUCUUCUAAUCCGUUCGACACGAUCAUCGACACUAGGGGCCAUCAAUCUCUUUAUCUCGCCUCUCCGAGUUAUCUGGUUCCCAGCGGAGUCUACUCGUCAGUCGGUAUCAAGCCGCCCACAUUCUUUGUGCCUGACUUUCUACGCUCCGUUUUGCAAAUGAAGCUCAAUGAGUGGUGGCCUGUGUCGCGUUGGCUCGGCGGUGCUGGACGCCUCUGGCGUGGCGUCAGCAUGAUGAAUCCCACGUUGGAGGACCGGCAGAGCGUUGUUGACAUGCUCGAGAGGGGGGACAUCAGACUUGUGCGAGACAGUGUCUGGGGGUUUGAGCAGGCAAAAGAGGCGUAUGCGAAGCUGGGAGGCCUACAUGCCGCAGGCAAGGUGCUUGUCAGGGUGGGUGCUGGCGUUGGCGACGACGAAUGUUGA